CUCGCCGCUUGCCUCCCGCCUCCCUUUCUCCCCCUCCAGCUCCGCGGGCUCCGUGCGCCUCUCCCUCUCCCUCCCGGUCCUCCCGCUGCCCGUCUCUCUCCACUGCCCGCCUCUCGCCACUGCCUCCCGUCUCCUCUCCCUCACGGCAGCCUCGGUCUCUUUCUCCCUCUCUCCUUUGAAAACUGAUCUUUGGCUCUUAGUGUGAAAGUGAUUUGAAUUUGGCUCGGCGGCGCUCUGCGCCUGCGCCCAGCCUCUGGCAUGCUGGCUCCUUCCAAGCAGCUGUUUUGGGUUUGAAAUUCCAACAUGGCAGAGGCUGCAGUCCGUCUUCCCUUCAAAAACUUGGAAUGAUUUCAAAUCAUAGGCACCUUCACUUAACCCUAGCUUCCAUUCAUCAGCAAACACAUCGGAUCGAUGCUACGCUAACCUAUCGGGUUUUCGCUCCGCGCGUUCAGGUUAAAUGAAUACCUGACGAAAGGGCCCACGUUUCAAGGCAGUGACAUUUGAUAGCUGAGAGGAAAAGUGGCUUUAAUGAAAAGCAACCUUUGGAAUUCCUGCUUGUGAGAAAUCCAAUUCAGCUUUUUGUGCUGCCAGCAAGAAAUGAUCAGUAGCACCAGUGUUUAUGGCUUGAAGAUGCAGUGGACGCCAGAGCAUGCCCAGUGGCCAGAACAGCACUUUGACAUCACUUCCACCACUCGGUCUCCUGCCCACAAAGUUGAAGCCUACAGAGGUCAUUUGCAGCGCACAUACCAGUAUGCCUGGGCAAAUGAUGAUAUAUCUGCUCUAACUGCAUCCAACCUACUAAAAAAAUAUGCAGAAAAGUAUUCAGGCAUUUUGGAAGGCCCUGUGGACCGAUCUGUACUCAGCAACUACUCAGAUGCACCAUCAGGGUUAGUGAACGGUAGGAAAAAUGAAAGCGAACCCUGGCAGCCUUCCUUGAAUUCAGACGCUGUUUAUCCCAUGAACUGUGUUCCAGAUGUUAUCACUGCCAGCAAAGCUGGAGUCAGUUCAGCCCUCCCUCCAGCAGAUGUCUCUGCAAGUAUAGGGAGCUCUCCUGGGGUAGCCAGCAACCUGACAGAACCUAGUUAUUCAAGUAGUACCUGUGGAAGCCACACUGUACCUAGUCUUCAUACAGGGCUCCCAUCUCAGGAAUAUGCCCCAGGAUACAACGGCUCAUAUUUGCAUUCUACGUAUAGUAGCCAGCCAGCACCUGCACUUCCUUCACCUCAUCCAUCUCCUUUGCAUAGCUCUGGGCUCCUACAGCCACCUCCACCACCUCCUCCACCACCAGCCCUGGUCCCAGGCUAUAAUGGGACUUCUAACCUCUCCAGUUACAGCUAUCCCUCUGCUAGCUAUCCUCCCCAGACUGCUGUGGGCUCUGGGUACAGCCCUGGGGGUGCACCCCCUCCUCCUUCGGCAUACCUGCCUUCAGGAAUUCCCGCUCCUACACCCCUCCCCCCCACCACUGUUCCUGGCUACACCUACCAGGGUCAUGGUUUGACGCCUAUCGCACCCUCGGCUCUGACAAACAGUUCGGCAAGUUCUCUCAAAAGGAAAGCUUUCUAUAUGGCAGGGCAGGGAGACAUGGACUCCAGUUAUGGAAAUUACAGCUAUGGCCAACAGAGAUCUACACAGAGUCUAUGUGACAGAAUGCCCGACAAUAGCAUUUCAAACUCAAAUCGGGGGAAUGGCUUUGACAGAAGUGCUGAAACAUCAUCCUUAGCAUUUAAGCCAACAAAGCAGCUAAUGUCCUCUGAACAGCAAAGGAAAUUCAGCAGCCAGUCCAGUAGGGCUCUGACCCCUCCUUCCUACAGUACUGCUAAAAAUUCAUUGGGAUCAAGAUCCAGUGAAUCCUUUGGGAAGUAUACAUCACCAGUAAUGAGUGAGCAUGGGGAUGAGCACAGGCAGCUCCUUUCUCACCCAAUGCAAGGCCCUGGACUCCGUGCAGCUACCUCAUCCAACCACUCUGUGGACGAACAACUGAAGAAUACUGACACACACCUCAUUGACCUGGUAACCAAUGAGAUUAUCACCCAAGGACCACCAGUGGACUGGAAUGACAUUGCUGGUCUCGAUCUAGUAAAGGCUGUCAUUAAAGAAGAGGUUUUAUGGCCAGUGUUGAGGUCAGAUGCAUUCAGUGGACUGACAGCCUUACCUCGGAGCAUUCUUUUAUUUGGGCCCCGGGGAACAGGCAAAACAUUAUUGGGCAGAUGCAUAGCUAGUCAGUUAGGGGCCACAUUUUUCAAAAUUGCUGGUUCUGGACUUGUCGCCAAGUGGUUAGGAGAGGCAGAGAAAAUUAUCCAUGCCUCUUUCCUUGUGGCCAGAUGUCGCCAGCCCUCGGUGAUCUUUGUCAGUGACAUUGACAUGCUUCUCUCCUCUCAAGUGAGUGAGGAACAUAGUCCAGUCAGUCGAAUGAGAACCGAAUUUCUGAUGCAGCUGGACACUGUUCUAACUUCGGCUGAGGACCAAAUCAUAGUAAUUUGUGCCACCAGUAAACCAGAAGAAAUAGAUGAAUCUCUUCGGAGGUACUUCAUGAAACGACUUUUAAUCCCACUUCCUGACAGCACAGCGAGGCACCAGAUAAUAGUACAACUGCUCUCACAGCACAAUUACUGUCUCAAUGACAAGGAGUUUGCACUGCUCGUCCAGCGCACAGAAGGCUUUUCUGGACUAGAUGUGGCUCAUUUGUGUCAGGAAGCAGCGGUGGGCCCCCUCCAUGCCAUGCCAGCCACAGACCUUUCAGCCAUUAUGCCCAGCCAGUUGAGGCCCAUUACAUAUCAAGACUUUGAAAAUGCUUUCUGCAAGAUUCAGCCUAGCAUAUCUCAAAAAGAGCUUGAUAUGUAUGUUGAAUGGAACAAAAUGUUUGGUUGCAGUCAGUGAUAACUUCUUUUUAAAAAUGUAAUGAAUGUUGGCACACACACAUAAAACCUGCUACGUAGGGUAUAGAGUCCCUUUCCAGUAGUGUUUAAAUCGCAAAGGGUACUGGGGAAGAAGACGAUUAAAUUGCAUCUUUAGAGUCAGGGUAGAUUGGAGGGAAAAGUGCAUCCAAUGAGAGCUUCUGAUUUGAAAGCCCCAGAUGACAGAAAGCAUCUGCUGAUGCUCAGUUCGGUUCAAGCUAAACAACACUCACCAAGGAGCAAGGUGCAAGUGUGUUGAUUUCAGAAGGACAUGAACCUCGUGUGUUGAUUCCAUUCUGCUGUUCUCGAGAUUUAGUUGCUGUCAAGUGCCUGGAGUGGUGCUUUAUUUUUUGUUUGCCUCACAAUUACAUUGGUGGCAUGUGCUAAUAUAAAGAGCUUUAACUUCAAACAUUAUUGGACUAAAGAGAUGAACGGUUGUGUUAUGACAGAAAACCAGAUUUUUGCCAUUUUAAGAGCAACAGUAUUCCUCAAUCCUGUCUGUUCUGCAGUGUUAAACUAAGAACAGGUAAAACAGGGUAACGGUAAUCUGGACCUUAAUUUCUGCAGUUCAUUUCUUUUAAUGUUCUUGUCUGCAAAAACUCAGGAAAGUGAUUGUGAUUUGUAUAGUACCUCAAAGGAAUGUGUUGAAAGCACUAUUUACUGCUGAGAGUAAUGGGAUAGGCUUCAAUGUUACUUUAUAUUAAAAUGUAUGUUUACCUCAACGAUUGGAAAAUAACAAGGAAAAUUACUUUGAAUGUAUCCAGAAAAAUACUGACAUGUGAUACAACUGAAUAUUUACAAUUUAAAGUAGAAAUGGAAGGAUUUUUUUUUAAGGUUCUUUCACUAAUUAUGGGGAAUUAACCAGAGCAGAAUAAUUCUUUAUGUCAAUAACUGCAAGAGUUCUUCAUACAUUGCUCCUUGAUAAUGAAGUGAUAAUGUUCUUAAAAGGUACACUGGUUAAGGGAAAGCUACUUAUUCAGUUUGUGUUAGUGUCUAGAACAGUCAGCCACAAGACCUGUUUAGGAACCUAAAAGUCAUAGUACCUAAAAGUUAGGACUGCCUUUUCCUGCAGAGGUGAUAAUGGUGGUGGUGGUGGUGGUGGUGGUGAUGGUUUGCAAGUUCUCUCUGAAAACUGCUGGGAAUGGUGUCAUUCUAUUCACUAAUCUAACUUAUAGGCUUGCCAUGCUGUUUGACAGAAUGCAGAAUAUAGCAACCAAAACAAAUAAACAAAUACAGAAAACUACCAACCAAUUUACACAUGUAUCCGCAAAGAACGUCCACGUCUCCUCUCCUUCUUUUUGACUCCUCUCUUGUCAGUGCAAUUUUGCUUCUCAUUUUGAAAUCUUCUGGGCUGUAGUGCUCCCACAGUUCAUUUCUACCUCAGUUUUGUUACAUUUCUCUUGGAAGGUCAGGUAGAAAAUUUGAAGUGGACAUACAUACACACACACACAUAUUCUCACACACACAAACACACAGAAUCUAGUUUGCCAAACAUGUUACUUUGUUUUCUAUCAUCUUUUCCCAUAAAUCUAGUUUCCAAAAAACAUAGGUCUUCAUGCUUACUUCCACCUGAAUCCACACCCACCUCAACAGCAUAUGCAGUAUUUUUCUUAAUUUCCCAUUCCUUUCCUGCUACCCACAAAGUUCUUCUUUGUAUCCUUUAAUGCUUUAUGUGCAACUUUUCAUUGCUAGCUGACUGAUGUUUGGCAAUACCUCUGAACAGACACAGUGUAGGCUAUAGCUUUCCAAAGCCACUGCCUGUGCAUAAACAAAACAGCCUGGCUUUUUGAAUGUAUUUUUCCUCCCCCCCCCUUCAUUUUUUUAGUUGAGAGAUGCAGUAACAAACUGUUGCAACACACUGGCAUUUUAUGUAUUCGAAAAGUGAUGUACAUUUUUAAAAAUUUCAAAUAAAUGCAAUGAGAAGCCCCAAGAAAGGUCUUUCUGUUAUUGUUUUGUUUUCCUUCAGAAAAGUUUUUACUGAUUUUAUCCACAAUGCAAAAUUCUCUGAAACACUUAACAUAGAGAAAGUUAAUGAAAGAUUUCAUAUUUCUCAAAUUUUAUGAUGCUUAAUCAUUACUCCCUUUUUUUCUUAUUUUUGUUGCUAAAAACUGAGCAAAGGAACCAGAAUUUAAUAUACUAGGAUUUUCUAUCAAUUAAAAUUGUUCUUACAUAUAAAUAUUCCACAUUAAAAAGCAGUGCCUUUCAUAAGGAUACAAAAAUAAUAUUUAAGUACAUCCUCUGCUUCUCACAAGUGAAUAAACACUAAAAUCGUGUUCUGGCUCAACCCUGCACACGUCCCUUUUUGUAAGGAAAUUCUAAUAUCUCCAUUAGCUUAUAGGUUCAUAUUGAUCUCACAGGUUUACUUUUGCACAGUGCUGACCUAUUUUCCAUCUUUCAGACAUCACAUUUCAUUCUGCCAACAUGCUGUGUUCACUUGAAAGCAACUGGCAAGUUUUGACAAACCCAAUCUUAUUUAGACAACUUUGGAAAAUCCAGAAUUAACCCACAUUUUUGUGGCUAGUAAGACUUAAUGCCAAAUAUAUGACUACACUAUUGUGUUUUAUACUCAUUUAUAAAAUUGGAAAUAAAGUCAUGCAUAUUGGCUUUUAACUUUAAAUGACUUAAAAUUACUUCGAGAUAUGAGUGGUCAAAAAAUCCAUGUAUUUAGGCAGAAGCUGAAGUCAUGUGUGAAUUUCAUGUAACCUCACGAAUUCUAGGAUUUGAUCUCUUAGGAAAUUGGGUAUGCUGAAGAAAUGAAGAUGUGUUGAGGGAGAUAAGCCUGACCUUUGAGUAGGUAGUGCUCUCCUGUGAGUCUCUGAUUCUCCAUGGCAGCAUUAUGAGCUUUUCUAUGGACGAGCCUAAUAAUGAGCUCUUUUCUAACCAUCUUUCUGGAGCCCGGGGUGGGGGUGGGGUACCACAUGCUGAGAAGCGAACGUGUACAAUCAGUGUUAGUGCAACUGAGUAAUGGGGCUUCAUACUCUUGGCCUCUUUUUGACUGCUAAGAAUUUGGAGAAGGCUACUAAUGAAGGUAAGGUAAUGAGCCAGUCCAAAUCCCUCACCAGCUGGCCAGGGGAUUUGAGCCAGUCCACUUAACAGCCCCUAAUUCCCUUCUUCACAACUGCAAUAACAUUUCCAACAGGGACAAAAAAAGGAAGUAAAGGAAACUACUUCAGUAGAAGGAUCAAUAGAAAUUCAAGAGGUAGUUCAUAAUGACCUUAUAUGUGACAAGAAUGGAAAUACUCUACACUUCUGGUAUGCUUCUCACCAAAAUAUUUAGAACAUUAGUGACAAUAUAGAAAACUUUGCUGACUGAGCUGAUCAAUGGAAUGUGAAGGCAGUAUACUUUAAGGCUAUUUACUUUCACACAGAAUGUUUAUCUAUUAGUCACUUUGUAUUCUACUCAAAUGCAGAUAGACUGGUAUAAUGUUUUCUUGUGCAUUUGAAACCUAUCAAGGAGAAAAUAAACCAUUCCACUAAAAUACAUAGGCCAAACACCAUCUGGGCAAGUGAUAAAAGCUAUCCAGAGGCUAUGCUAUGUAAAAUAGCAAGGUCAAUUUUCAUGGGUUGCAUAGUACUUCGCUAUGCACUUUUCAAAAGACUACAUCCAAAGUCCAAAUUAAUUCCCACAAUAGGUCUUUGUAAAUUUAAAUAUAUUUGUUGGUUAGAAUAUAUGUUUUAGAAGCAUUUAGAAUUUCUUUCUUUGAAAACUCCAGCAGAAAGGUACUUCUAUAAUCCCAUUCUUAGGUUUUCUUAACAAGAAUUGGGUGUCAUGAUCAUUGAAACUGUAUUUUGCAACGUGAAAGGGGCACAGUUUGUUGAACUAUUGAGGCCACUAAAGUUCUAAUAUAUAUAUAUAUAUAUAUAAAAUUAGUGUGUAUGUUUGUGUGUGUAUGUGUGUGUGUGUUUUCACCACCAACUAUUUGAACUUUAAAACUGUCUAUUUUACAUCAUUCAGAAGCAACUGGUUACUUCUUCUCUUCACAUAUGCAGAGAUAUACAUGACCACUUUACAAUUCAAAGUGUUUUAAUAUAUAUUUUCUUUUGAAAAGUAAACCUUUCAAUUGUUAAAUCACCUGCUGAUUUUCAUAUGAAGAAUAUUAACAAACAUGGAGCUAUUAGUGUUUCAGAAUUCAAAACCAGCUGUACUUGUGAAUAACCCACACAUGAACUGAAGUGCACACUCUGCUAAGACCUCUGGUUGACAUUCGAUUUUGAACCUGCCAGAUGCAUUUGUGUGAACCAGGAAUACUGCAUCUUUAAUGAACAAGUCUCUCCUCUUUCCCCUGUUUUUAAAUACAACACAAGCAGUGUAGCACUAGGCACUGAAAUUGUCAAAGACAAUUAGACUGAAAGCAGGAAAAUUUCACCUCCCUGUCUCAGUGAUAUGUAGAAUGUCGGCAGCAUGGGUCAGCCUUGCCACAGAGUUGUGUAAGAAUAUAUGAAUCAGUCCUAUAGAAUGUUAAAUAUUUAUAAAAUGGUUCUGUAGUACACCUUGGUUGGGAGCACAUUCGUUCUUUCUUGUCUUAUGAUACAAAAAAAGCUAAAGUUUAUUUCCAGGCUUUAAAACAUAUUCUGUGUUUGUGUGUAUGUGUGUGUGUGUGGGUGG